CUUUCUCAAUUUUUUCUUCUUCUUUUUCUCUUCCCUAUCCAUGAAACGUAACAUUUGAAUUUCACACAAUCAACCCUAAGCUCCAGAUUUUAAUUAUUUUCUUUCUCUGGUAAUUGAUCGAUUUCAAUUUCAUUGUGUCUUGGAAAUCAUCAUUGCUUGAAGCUGGUUCAAAUGUUUAUGAGAAGUGAGAGAGAAACAGCUUCUGUUACAUUAGGUAUAAUCAGUGUCAUUGUUUGGAUGAUUGCUGAGAUACCUCAAUUAAUCACUAAUUACAAUGAAAAAUCUGCUCAUGGUCUUUCUGUUACUUUCAUGUUGACCUGGAUAAUCGGAGAUCUAUUCAAUGUUAUUGGAUGCUUACUUGAACCUGCAACUCUACCUACUCAACUAUAUACCGCAGUGUUCUAUACCAUGAUAACACUUAUACUUUGUUCACAAGCAACUUACUAUGGAUACAUAUAUCCCCGACUUAAGUACAAGAAACAAUUCAAGAUUGAAACAUCAAAAGAUGAUGGACAAGGCAAUGUUGGAGGUGAAAAUGGCAAUGAUGUUGAACAAAGAACAGUCUUUGGUAUGAGUUCACCAAUUUCUUUUCCACCACUUGCUCAAAAAAGUCAUUUUGGAGGACAAUCAUACUACCAGUCAGCGAGGUAUCUAUCAAAGAGUUAUACUCAAAAAUCAGAAUUAGAAGAAAGAUUUACAUCUUCUUCUCGUACUCUAGACCCUAUCGAAGAGCCUUUACUUGUUUCAUCUGUCUUGACGCAAUCCGCACCAUCUUUGAAGAUCAAGAAUACUCUAUGUUUGGUAUCAACAUUAACUUUUCUAGUUGCCUUCAAUCUACUUCAUUCACAAGAUACAAUAAAUCAUUUUGAGGUCUCAAAACCAAGCAAAGAGUUUGUGAUUGGCGUUGAAAGAAAGCUUUUGCAGGCUAGUGGCGAUCGGUUGCCAAGUUAUGGUGUGGAAAUGCAGCAUGGCAUUGGAACUUACCUUGGUUGGGGAAUGGCAGUUAUAUACAUGGGUGGAAGACUUCCUCAAAUUUGUUUAAAUUUUAGAAGAGGUAGCUUUGAGGGUGUGAAUCCUCUGUUGUUUCUUUUUGCAUUAAUCGGUAAUACCACUUAUAUAGCAAGCAUACUAGUGAGAAGCUUGGAAUGGUCAAAAAUCGGUCCAAAUCUUCCAUGGCUUGUAGAAUCUACAGGAUGUUCCCUUCUCGACUCUUUUAUUUUGAUGCAGUUUCUAUAUUAUCGAUACCGGACAUCGAAAGCCUUGGAAAAUAAGUACAAACAUCAAGUUGUUGCCUAGAUGAUGAUUGUUUAGAAACAAGAAUUUUCAGCCAUGCAUGAAAUCUCCACCAUGAUGAGCAAGACAUGUCUAGGAGCAUGAAGUUGAAAUGAAUGAUAACAGCUGAUAUGGUCUUUGAUUGAGGACCAACAUUGUUGUAUCAAUUUAACAAUACCAUUUUUGAAUUUCCCUUCAAUUUUCAUUGUUAUACUGGUUUAGGCUAUUCGUUAUUACAUCAUAUCCAUUGAUUUUUACUUUAUUAUGUUUUGAUUUGUUUACUAUAUCGAAAGAGAAAGAAUGUAUACUUUUUAUUUUUAAUAUCGCAGAAAUUGAGUCACAUAAAUCAAUAAUUCAUGAUGGAAUGUAAUUGCAACCAAAUGUAUACAUUUUAGACACAUUGUUUACUCAAAUAUCUUUUAGA